AUGAGUUAUCUGCUAGCAUUAGGCUUCGAUCUGGAGGUCUACUACGUGCUUCUGAUACUAUGCUGGUGGGCCUUCUCUGAGAUCCCCAUGAACUGGUUCCUUAAUGGUAAGAUGGAGCAGAAGGACUCUUUCCUCGGAGACAACUACAAAGCGUGGCUUGAGAGCUGCAAGAAACUCUCGAUGAGGGGUUGGAGGAAUCGUCUGCACAGCCACUACUUCGGCUCUAAGAAGCUCAGAGAGACCUGGUGGAGGAAGCUCCUCCUCCUGUGGGUGAUCGUGUGGACCUUGGUGGCCCUCUCGAUCUUCUGCUAUAUGAACUCCAAUGCAGCCGACAAGAGAAGGGAAGCCCUUGCCAGUAUGUGCGAUGAGAGAGCCAGCAUGCUGCAGGACCAGUUCAACGUCAGCAUGAACCACCUUCAAGCCCUGGCCAUCCUAAUCUCCACCUUUCACCAUUCCAAGCAGCCUUCCGCCAUUGACCAGGUACGGAGACGGCCACAUCUCCCAUGAAGUCGUGCCAAUUCGCGAAAAUUCUCCUCAUCGAUAGUCCGGGCCGUGCUGAAUCAACCUCAUCAUCUCCGUUUCUCAAUCUGCAGAUGACGUUCGCCAGAUACACAGAGAGGACCGCCUUCGAGAGGCCGUUGACCAGCGGGGUGGCGUACGCGGUGAAGGUGCUCCACUCCGAGAGAGCGGACUUCGAGAGGCAGCACGGGUGGACCAUCAAGAGGAUGGACGCGCAAGACCAGUCUCCUGCCCGCGACGACGACUUCGCCACCGAGUUCCAGCAGACCUCCCCUGUUCAGGAAGAGUACGCCCCCGUCAUCUUCGCCCAGGACACCGUCAAGCAUGUGGUCUCCCUCGAUUUGUUCUCCGGGAAGGUGCUGUAAAUCUCUCUCUCUCUCUCUCUCUCUCUCUCUCUCUCUCUCUCUCUCUUCUCAGAAUCUGGGUUCGUUCGGACUGUGUCUGAGGGAUUCUGUCGAACAUCCGCAGGAGGACCGAGACAACGUGCUGCGGGCUAGGGAGUCUGGAAAGGGAGUCCUCACCGCUCCACUGAGGCUGAUCAAGUCCAAUCGGCUGGGGGUCAUCCUGACCUUCGCUGUCUACAAGUCCGAGCUCCCAUCGAAUGUGACCCCAAAGGAGCGAGUCCAAGCCGCAAUUGGGUGGGUCCAUAUCCUCAUCCUCUUCCCCACCAUCCUCAUCUUCAUCAUGGGUUCAUCUCAUUUGAGACUUAGACGACUAUAUGUACAUGCAUAAAUGUUCAUAUGGUUGCCGGUGUAGGUACCUUGGUGGGGUCUUUGACAUCGAGUCCCUUGUCGAUAAGCUGCUCCAUCAGCUGGCAUGCAAGCAUUCGAUCACAGUCAACGUGUACGACACCACCGACCCGUUGGAGCCGAUCAGCAUGUACGGCUCCAAUGCAACGGUUGGCGGCAGCGGGGUAGUUCAUAACAGCAGCCUGAGUUUCGGUGAUCCCUUCAGGCGACAUGAGAUGCACUGCAGGUAUCAGUUUGAGCCGUUGACUUAUUUUAUGUCUACAUGGUUGAAAUAUCUCGAUCGAUGGCUGAAACACAUCAUCUGGUUUCCGACAGGUUCACCCACAAGCCGCCGCUGCCUUUGCUUGCAGUGACCACCUCGAUCGGAGUCCUGGUGAUCGCCCUGCUCGUUGGGUACAUAUUCAAUGCCGCGGUAAAUCGCAUUGCCAAAGUAGAGGACGAUUACAGGCAGAUGAUGGAGCUGAAGAAGCGAGCGGAACUGGCAGAUAUCGCGAAAUCUCAGGCACGCUCGUGCUCCUCUGAACUGAAUCCUUUUUCUCCAUCCGGUGUUCUUCAGUUCAGUCUGAUAUAAUUAUCUGAUAUAUCUCGCUCUUCGCAGUUCUUGGCGACCGUCUCCCACGAGAUCAGGACUCCCAUGAAUGGUGUUCUUGGUGAGCAUCGAAACAUGGGUGAUUGCUGAUUUGUUAAUAGGAAUGCUUAAUAUGGCAAAUAGAUGAGACAUCUCCCGGAUGAUGAUUUAUGAAACAGUUGCUGAUGAUUUGGACUUGGGGGGCUUUGUUUAAUCUCCAGGCAUGCUGCAGAUGCUCAUGGACACCGAUCUGGAUUUGACCCAACAAGACUACGUGAGGACUGCUCAGGCCAGUGGUAAGGCAUUGGUGUCGCUCAUAAAUGAGGUCCUCGACCAGGCCAAGAUUGAAUCUGGGAAGCUGGAGCUCGAGGCCGUCCGCUUCGAUCUGAGGGCGGUCCUGGAUGACGUCCUUUCACUGUUUUCAGGGAAGUCCCAAGAGAAAGGCAUUGAGGUAACCACCCCGGUGAUUCCUUUUUUUUUUUGUGCCCUGUUCUUAUUAUUCAUAAUAUCACGAUUUGAAACCAUCUAAUUUGCAAUCUUUGAUCCAUUUCAAUGCGCUGGCAAGAACAGCUGGCUGUUUAUGUGUCGGAUAAGAUCCCUGAGAUCCUCAUCGGCGACCCUGGACGAAUGCGGCAAAUCAUCACGAAUCUCAUGGGAAAUUCAAUCAAAGUGAGCAGUGAACUUAUAUGAUCCAGUCAAAGCAUGGGGAGACGUUGACUCAAAUUUGUGUUUUGUCUCUCUUUUUUCUUUCCAGUUCACAGAGAAGGGGCAUAUUUUUGUGACUGUCCAUCUCCUGGAGGAAGUGAUCAGCUCGCUAGAUGAGGAGAGUGAAUCCCCAUUGGGGAACACCUUGAGCGGGUCUCCUGUGGCAGAGAAGAAGCGAAGCUGGGAAACUUUCAGCAAGUUGAACCGCGAAAGAGCUGUCUUAUCGCAGUCGCUAUCUUCAUCUUCCUCCGAGCCAAUCCACCUCAUUGUAUCUGUGGAGGAUACUGGCGUGGGGAUUCCCCGAGAAGCCCAGUCUCGGGUCUUCACGCCCUUCAUGCAGGUCGGUCCCUCCGUCUCCCGCAUCCAUGGAGGCACCGGAAUCGGUCUGAGCAUCUGCAAGUGCUUGGUCGGGCUCAUGAAGGGAGAGAUAGGGUUUGUCAGCGAGCCCCAUGUCGGCUCCACCUUCUCCUUCACCGCCGUCCUCGACCGGGGGAACAGCGACUCCAAUGAGCUCAGACCGUUGGAGUUUCAGGGGUUGAAGGCUCUGGUUGUCGAUCCGAGGUCGGUGCGUGCAGAGGUCGCCAGGUACCAGCUCCAGCGGCUUGGCAUCCACGUUGACAUAGUCGCUGACCUCAAUGAAGCUCUCUCCUUCAUCACCAUCCCAAAGGUUUCUGUCAACAUGAUCCUCAUCGAGAGGGAGGAGUGGCUCAGGGAUCCUGAUAUCUGGCCUUCAUUUCUGGGCAUGCCGAGCAAGUUGGGGCCUUCAGAAUGUCCGAAGAUCUUCAUCCUCGCCAACCCUUCAAAUUGCUCAAAGGUGAAUGCUGUGGAGUCCUCAGAGAACAUGCCGGCAGUGAUCAUCAAGCCUCUCAGGACGAGCAUGCUGGCCGUCACCCUGCAGCAAGCCAUGGGCGGUGGAGAAAAGGAGAGCCACCGUGGGGGGAGGUCCCCUCACCCGUCGCUGUGUGGUCUCCUCCGUGGGAAGAACAUCUUGGUCGUUGACGACAAUAUGGUGAAUCUCCGGGUGGCCGCAGGUGCCCUGAAGAAGUAUGGAGCCGAAGUAACCUGCGCCGACAGUGGUAAAAAAGCCAUCACCUUGCUGACGCCCCCCCACAGAUUCGAUGCCUGUUUCAUGGAUAUCCAGAUGCCAGAGAUGGACGGGUACGAAUCUCCACCUUGAUUCACCGCAGAACUUGGCGAGGAAUGUGACUGCACCUUCUCUCAAUUCCCCAGUGCCCCUGAAUUUUUCCUUUCGUCUUUCAGAUUUGAGGCGACGAAGAAGAUUCGAGAUAUGGAGCAUAGCGCUAAUGAGCUGAUCAGAUGUGGGGAGGCAUCCGCCGAGGCUUGCAGGCAUGCUGAUCAGUGGCACAUCCCCAUUCUGGCUAUGACGGCCGAUGUGAUCCAGGCCACCCACGAGGAGUGCUUGAAGUGUGGCAUGGAUGGAUAUGUGUCGAAGCCAUUCGAAGGAGAGCAGCUCUACCGCGAAGUUGCACGCUUCUUUAAGUCGCCUGCAAAGGAGAAUCAGUAG